AUGGCCGAGACCCCAGCAUCAGCAUCAGCAUCAGGAGCAGGGACAACAACAACAAAAGGACCAGUAGGAGGGCACCUAACAAAGAAGCAGCGCAAGGAGCAGUUCGAAGCCCUGGAUGCGCUAAAGACCCAACUCGACGUCUCCGUCUCCCUUGCACGUUCAAAAGUCGCCUCUUGGCUUAACCCAGAAGGCUUCUCGGACGAUGAUGAGGAUAUAUCCACGAAUAGCUCUGGGUUUGUGGGUUCAGCUGCUAUCAAGCCACGGCAACCAGGGUUGGGCUUGGGAGCAAAGUACCUCUCGCAUAAGGACCAAAUGCGUCACGUCCCAUUAAACGCAUUCGAAUCAAAACUGAAACGCCAACUCACUGGUGGUGUGGUGGGUGCAGAGUUGGUAAGGGCCGAGCAGGCAGAGAAGAAUGCAUUGCCGGACAAGUAUAUGGAACACAAGCUGAUGAUGGCCGCCAAGAGGAAGGAAUUGCUGGAGCAAGCUGAGGAUGAGGAGGACAGUCGGACACGGAAUAUUACUGGAUUCGGAUCUGGGUCAUCAGGACUGGGAGCGGGAGCGGGAGUGGGAGGGGUUGUACCUAAGGCUGGAGGAGGGGGAGGAGUGUCGACGGUGGCGGCGUCUAUGGGUGGGUUGAAGAAGAAGAACAAGGAGGCCAAGUACCAGGCAGCGGUGCACCCUGCAGUUCUCAAGGCUGCCGCCGCUGCUGCUGCUUCAGGAUCAUCAGAGAGCACGACCUCAACAACAGCAGCACCUACAAAACCAGCACCAUCAUCAGGAGGAGGGAACAAGAAGCGGCCGACAGAUUUCUUCUCAACAUACAUGGAUGAGCGAGCAGUCAAGAUGGCCAAGAAGAAAAAGAAGACUCACGGCAAGGUCGAUCCCGACGAUGAUUAA